AUGAUGAAAAUUUUAAGAUAGAUAUGCAUAUUAACUAUCUUCAUAUUGGAAAUAAGAAGUGAAUACAGUAGUAUUUGUGUAUGUAGUCAAAUAUCAGAUGGUGAAUAAUGUGAAAGAUCAAGUAUUUGUUAAUGGAUCUAAAAUAAAUGUUUGAUAAAAAAUGGUGAAAACUAUUUGGAUAAGGGGACUGUAGGAGCUUCAUGUAAGGAAUACUCUUAAGAGGAUUGCAGAUUGAAGGAUAAAUGUGGAUUUUAUUUGGGGGAAUGCAUAGAAUUUAAAGAGUGCAAAGCAUUUAAAAGAGAAGAAUGCUGGGAAUCAUCUAAGAAUUGCAUUAGCGAUGGUAUGAAGUGCAUAGAUGUUGGCGAAUGUGAGGAAUAUGCAAAUUGGAUUACAUGCUAGCACAUGAAUAAGGCUAACCGUUAUUGUUUCUGGUCUAUCAAUGAGAACCCUAAAUGCAGAGUUAGUAGAGAGUGCAAUGAAUUACCAAUGUAUCUAACAAGCGAUUUAGAGUGCAGAGAAUAGAUUUCAUCUUGUACAGUAUCAUUAAAUGGUGGUUGUGAGGAAAGCAAAGAACAUUGCAAAAUGAUAAAGUAUUAAGAGUAAUGCUUUUACAAUAAAGCUAAAUCAGAAUAAUGUUAUUGGGAUUUAGAGCUAUCAGUAUGUGUAGAAUUAGUUUGUGAUAACUUGAGAUUUACAACUGACGAAGAAUGUAGAGGUUUGUUAUUGGAAUGUACAACAAACGGGUAAGUAUGCGUGUUACGUAAAUAAUGUCAAGAUAGCUUAGUAAUGGAAGGUUGUGUUACUGAUGUCUAAGGUAAUAAUUGCAUUUUUAUUCAUAAUGAAUGCAAAAAGAAGGAAUGCUCCUUAGCUGAAGAUGUAAAUAUCUAUUCAAAUUAUAAUUAAUGUUAAUAAUUUGAUUCCCAGUUAGAUUGUGUUUUCAAAAAUGGAGGAGGUUGUAAAAAUAGACCAACUUAUUGUGAGGGUUACGAUGCUCAGGAAGAUUGCUUAUCAGUUUCAGUUUAAAAAUGUUAUUGGAUUAUUGCAUAGAAUAAAUGUAGGAGAUAAGGAUGUGACAGUCAAUUAUUAACUUUAAAUCAUAAUUAAUGUAAAAUGGUUGGAAAGUGUAUGGGUAAACUUAAUGGUGGUUGUUAAGAUAGGCCAAUUACUUGUAAUAUGAUUAAUGAUAAUUAAUUUUGCGAUGUUGAUUAUUCUAAUAGGAAAUGCUAUUGGAAUUCAAAUUAAUGUGUGGAAAAUGUUUGUUCUAGUUUUGUUUACCCUGAAUUCACUAAUCAUUUACAGUGUAAUACUGUAAAUAACAAAUGCACUUAUGAUUAUUACAAUGGAACAUGUCGAGAUUAAACUUGCGAAAUAAUUCAUCAAAAUGAUUGUUUGACAAAUUUAUCUUGCAAAUUGCCAAAGAAAUGUAGACUAAAUUAAUGUUCUGAUGCACCAGUAUCAUUAAUCACUCAUGCAGAUUGUGAAUUAUGGCUCAAGAAUUGUACUGUUAAUGUUUAUUAAAUAUCUGGCAGCUAAUAAAUUCAUGGAUGUAUAUAAAAACUAUUAAAUUGUAAUGAUUUUCAUUAACAAUAAUGUUAUUAAACUCUUGAUGGUUAUCAAUGUAAAUGGACUGGUGCAAUAUGUGCUCCAAAGAUAUGUUCUGAUUAUAGUACUUCUUCAUCAACUUUAUGUAACAAUCUAAAAGUUGUUGGUAUGAAGUGUUUUCUUGAUUCGGUAAAUUCUAAAUGUUAAGCAUGGCCAACUGUAUGUUCAGGAAUUUCAUAUCUAGCAUAAUGUACAUAAGGUUUGCCAGAUGGGACCAAAUGUUUUUGGGAUGGUACAUCAUGCAAUUUUAAAGCCUGUAAUAUACCAAGUGGAAUGACCAACAAUUAUUAGUGUUAUUAAUGGAAUUCAAUUUGCAAUUAUGACAUUACUACUUCUAAAUGUAAACAGCGAGAUGCUCUUGAUACUUGCAGUAUGACUGCAACUUUCACUGCCUAAACCAAUUAAGAAUGUAAUGCUUGGAAUAAUUCAUGCACUGUGAAUACUUCUGGAGCAAUAGGAUGCCAAAGAAAAUAAUAUUAAUGUUUAAGUUACACUGAUCAAUAAAAAUGUGUGGAUGAUUAUUAUGGAGUGAAAUGUGAGUGGAAUACAGCCACUAGUUAUUGUGACGAUUAUGUCCCUGCUCUUUGUCCUGGAACAUUAAAUCUAGUAGUUACAAAUCAAUUAUGUGAAUAAAUAUCUAUAUAAUGUGUGAAUUAAAAUAUUGCUUGUGAACUAUUAAAGACAGAUUGUUCAUUUUACACAUUUGAAAUGUAAUGUAAAAUCAAUUCGUACUAUGAGCCUUGCGUGUGGAAUGGUACUACUUGUUCAAGUUAGUAAUGUUAAUCAUAAACAACAGCUAAUAAUGAUAGCGAUUGUUUUAAAUUUUUCAAUAGUUCAAAAAAUUGUUCAUAGAAAAUAAAAGCAGAUGGAACUAGAGAUUAAGGAUGUGAGAUUAUGGGUUUAUGUUCUUCUAUCACUAGCUAAGAAAAAUGUAAUGUGUCUGUUUCACAAAAUGAAGUUUCUUGUUAGUUUAUAGGUGGAGUUUGUUAAGAAGUCCAUAAAAACAAUUCUUUGAAUUGUCAUUUAAACGGAUCAGCUGUUUAAAAUUAUGAAUGCAAGUAAAUCAAUGACAAAUGCGAGUUGAAUUACAGAAAUGGGAUUGGUUGCACUGCUAAAUCAUGCAGUCUCAUCGCAAAUAACAUUAUCUGUGAUCUUUAGAAACCAAAAGGAGCUACUUGCAGUUGGAAUUAUACUCUCAAUGUAUGCGAAACAAAUCCUUGUUCAUUUUAUAUGACAGAUACAACAUGUAUUUAAGCAUACGAGAAUAAUAACGUUAAAUGUUUUUGGUGUAAUGGUGCAUGUAUCAAUAGCAAUUAUUGUGAAGAAGUACUUGCGGAUUAUCAUAAAGAAUGUAAUAAUAAGAACCAAUUAUAUACGAUAGCAUAGUAUCAAACAUGUGCAUUAGCCUAAACCAGUUGUUCUGUUUAUUCGGCAUCCUCUUCUUGCAAGUUCUCAGAAAAUCGAACUAAAUGUGUCUUUUUUUGGACAAUUUCUGGUAUUGCACUUCCAACAACUGGAUUUUGUACUGAAUUAUGUCCAAGUCAGCCAGAUUAAGUAACUUGUGAAUAAUUUUCCAAUUAUUGUUAUUGGACGAGUGGUUCUUGCAUCUAAGUUCCCAUAAGUUGUUCAGAUUAUCUUACAUCGGAAUGUGAGAACUCAAUAAUUAGAAAUGGUACCAGAUGUACUAUUGAUGUGUCGGCCUUAUGUGUUUAAAAAGUCUGCUCAAAUUAUAGGGAUGGUGCAAGUAGACAACCAAGUAAUCAGUCUGAUUGUGAUAACUGGUUAGAUAAUUGUAUUUUUAGUGGAAACAAAUGUGUUGAUGCUUGUCUAUUUGCCACAUUAUCAUCUGUUUCUAUUACAUCCUGUGAAUAAUAUAAACCUAAUAAAGUUUGCACUAUUGGAGAUGAACCUAAGUGUGGACCUCUUGUGCAAUUGUGUUCAUAAGCAUAACAGAGUUAAUGCUAUUAAAGUGCAACUAAUUAGAAAUGCUAUUGGAAUAGUAAUGUCUCACAAUGCUUUGAAUUAAAUGCAUGUAAUAUAUUGGAUAAUUUAAACAAUACUCAUACAAAGUGCAAUACUUUAUUGAAUAUUUGCACUGUAAAUGAAUUGCGGGAUGGUUGCAUAGAGUUAACUGAUUGCCCUAAUUAUACCAAAUCUUAUCAAUGUUAUUUUAAUAGAAAUCAUUUUCCAUGUUAUUGGGAUGUUAAUAAAUGCAAAACUAAAGAAUGCAACUAUUAUGUAAACGAAUCCACUUGUGAAAAUGCUACUUUAAGUGACAAAUGCGUAUGGGAUCAUAUCAAUCUAAAAUGUAUACUUCUUGAUUGUAAUACUCUUCUUGUAGAUUAAACUCAUUUAUGUUCUGAUUACACUAAAUAUUGCAUAAAUGAAUCCUGCAAAACUGUUGAAUGCGAAGACUAUUUUUAUGGUGAUGAAAUGUAAUGUUAAUAGUUAUUCCCUGAUAAACAUUGUACAAGUGAUGGCCAAACAUGUUUAUAAAGAUUAAAUUGUAAUGAUUGUCAUUAUCAAAUAUGUUGUAAUUUCGAUAGAACUUCUAAUGAUUGCAUUUGGGUUUCUGGAAAUUGUUAUGAUAAAAUUUGCAACUCUAUGCCCAUCAUUCCAUUUACUUUUGAUGAAUGCAAUUCUGUUUAAACACAAUGUACUCUCAAGGCUUAAGGAGGAUGUUAACUUAAAACUAAUUGUAAUUCUUACAAGUAUGCGUCUGAAUGUUUAUUUGAUUAAAAUGGAGACAAUUGUGUAUGGGAAUAGUCUUUAUAACAAUGUUUCUCUGAUAUGUGUCAACCCAUUUGUGGAGAUGGAGUUGUUACUUAUCCAUUUGAAGAAUGUGAUGAUACCAAUAAUCUACCUUAUGAUGGAUGUUAUGAAUGCAAAAUUCAAUGUUCUUUUGGAUGUUUAAUUUGUGAAGCCAAGGUUUGUUUGAAAUGUAAUCCAAAUGGAUGGAUUCAUAACACUAUUACAUAGGAAUGUGACUCAAUUUGUGGAGAUGGAAUUAUAACUAUUUUAGAAAAAUGUGAUGAUGGUAAUUUUAUUUAAUUUGAUGGUUGCUAUGAAUGUGAUUAUCACUGUUCCUUUGAAUGUUUAAAUUGCUAUUAAGGAAUAUGUUAGGAGUGUCUCUAUGGAUUCUAUCAACACAACUCUUUUUGUUUCACUCAAUGUGGAGAUGGCAUUGUUAUUGAAGAAAAAGAAGAAUGUGACGAUGGUAAUCUUAAUGAUCAUGAUGGUUGUAAUAGCAAAUGUGAAGUUGAAACUAAUUGGAAAUGCAUCAUAUAAGAUUAAUUAAGUCUUUGUAUUUAAUAAGAUUUUCCUCUCCCACUACUUUCAAUAAUAAAUCGUAACCCAGCUUAUUUAUCAUUGACCUUUACUUAACCAGUUAUGUUAUCUGAAUCAUAUUACAAUUCUCAAGAUUUUAUUAAAUCUAUUUAAAUCUCUAUCUCAGACCUUGACAAAAAUCAAUUCAGCUUCACACUAACACCAAUAACUUAAGUAUCAAAAGAAUUAAUGGAUGUCUCAUAUACAAUUGAUCUAUAAUUUUAGAUUUCUAUCAAACACCCAAUUUUAAAUUUAACAUUUAAUCAAGAUCUAUUAAUCAAUGAAUUAGGGAAUAACCCAUCAUCUAGAGUUACUCUUAAGUUAUACAAUAUUGAAAUAUUGACUAAUUUGCAAAAAGUAAUUACGGAAACAGCAGCAUAUUUCAAUUCAAUUGUCCUCUAUAUUCUCAUCGGAAUAGCUGUUCUAUCAUUUUUCUUAGGCAACUUUGAAAUCUUUUGGAAUUUACUAGAUAAUCUAUAAUAAUUAUCAUACAUCAAAUACAUAAAUAUUAACUACCCCAUUAACUUUUCAAUUUUCCUCGCCAUUUUUGAUUUUGUAUCAUUAUAGCCUUUAUAUGAUUAUCUUUAUUUGGAUUCAAUUUUUGAUAAGCUUAUGCAAUAAGAGACUCCCACAAUUUAAUAUAAUGUUGGCAAAUUUGAAAUCUUUCAGACUGAUUGUUUCUUUGGAACUAAUUUUUAAGGCUUCAUAAUUAUCCUAUUAACUAGUAUCAUCAAUUAUAAGUUAUCAAAAAUAAUGAUUCAGUUACUCAUCAAAUUAAAAUAUUAACAUUUAAUCAAUCAUGUUGAUUCUUCAGUUAAAUGCUUAGUCAAAAAAAUAAUAGAACUAUUGCAUUCCAUGGAAUCUUUUGCAUUAAUUUACAUCAAGUCAUUCUUCUAUUAAGGAUUGAUUAGAGUGUAUUUAUCAAGCUACUAUGAUUUAACAUUCACCUCUCUAUUACAAAUAGUUACAUUCUCCUAAUAAAGUAGACUACUGUAUAUAUGUUCAGCCUUUUCCGUUGCUAUUUUUUCAUUUAAUUUAUUAUCAAUUUUGGGAUUCUAUUCCUAUUCAUUAAUAUCAAAUAAGAUAAUACAAACUGUGAAAUCAAACUUGUUUUUUGAAGGUAUUAAUACUAAAUUCAACAAAUGGAAUGCCCAAUAUUAAACAAUCCUAUUAAUAAAGAAAUUAAGUUUUAUAUGCACAUUGGUGCUUUUCUAAGUUAUGCCAGCAUGUUAAACUCUAUUUAUAUCUUUUCAAUCAGUAAUAUUUACUUUAUAUAUUUUGUUAUCGAAACCAAUGAUUUAGAGUUUUGAGAAUUUCAAAAUCAUUGUUUUUGAAACUUCAAUUUAUUUAAAUUCCAUCUUAUUUUUAUGCCAUGAUAUGGAUUAAUUUUAUUAAUAUAGGAUAUAAAUUGGAUGGGUAAAUAUAAGUUUGUUUAGUGUUAAUUUAGUAUGUUGUUUGAUGGUUGAUAUUUAUCAGUAGUUCAAAAUUUUGAAAUCAAAGCUAUGUAAACCAGUAUUUAAAGCAAAAAAGGAACCUAAUCCAAAUAUUUUUUAAAUGUGUUGA